GUCUUCAUUUGGAUUUGUUACGACAGUUGUAGAGCUAUCGUCACAACUUCUUAAUGGCCAAACUAUGGGGGCCCUUUGCGAGUUCUCCCAGAAUGGCAAAUCAACAAUUAUCAUGCUUCAACUCAAGAGACUACCAUGGUCAACAGCGGCGGUGGCUCUAAAAGCAUUUCUUGUUUUUUUUACCAUCCUUCUUUGCUAUCAAGUCUAUACAUUCUACGGCGACUGGAGCUGGCCGAAAUCUCUCAGGUUUGGCACCAGCCACGAUCCAACUUCUCUUGUUCAUCCUCAUGGUGGAAGCCAAUGUUUACCGUCGUUGAACGCCUCCCUCCUACAAGAAGCAAAGACCAUACGGAACGCAUGCCGGCACAUGCCUCCAUACCCAUCCUCAGACGUACGAAUCGGAAGAGUCACUGCACACUUUGGCUCUGUUCAAGAACACUACCAGAAGGCAUUGCGUACCCAUGUGUUGCAUAGCAUGAUCCAUGAUAACGCCUUGGAGGUUAUGUGCACCCCAGUUGUUGAUUCACUCUGGAACAAACCUGCCUUCAUCCUGUCUCUCCUCUUGGAUGAGAUAGUGAAGCCUGCCCAAGAACGCUUGGAAUGGCUAUUCUGGGUGGACCGCGAUACCCUGAUCCUCGACCAAUGCCGCCCUUUAUCAAGCUUUCUCUCACCUGGCGACGUUGAUGAGUCUGACGAAGCCGAAGACACAGACGAAUCAGAACCUGAGCGAAGAAACGAAACGAAGUACGACGACAUACAUCUCCUGGUGACGAACGACUGGAACGGCCUUAACAAUGGCGUCUUCUUCGUCCGGGUUAACCAGUGGGCAAUCGAGCUGUUCAGCGACAUCGCUGCAUUCCGAUACUACAGACCCAACGUUUCACUUCCAUUCACUGAGCAAAGUGCCAUGGAGAUCAUAAUGAACGAACCAAAGUUCAAAGCCAACGUUCGAGUUGUUCCUCAAGAAUGGUUCAACACUUAUCCUAAAGGGUCGGCCACCGACUUCGUUGAGAAGGCGGACGACGAUGGCUUGAAGGACUAUCAUGCAAGACGAGGGGACUUCCUAUUACAUUUUGCGGGUCGGGGUGGAAGGGAUAAGUUGAUCAAUGAGUGGACCGAGAUUCUGGAGAGUACCAGAAGUAUAUGGCCGAAGGAGGAGGUUCAGAGGAAUGCGACGACAAGCAUUCGGGGGUUCUGGUCUGGGCUCUGAACUCGCCGAGCUGAGUUGCAAUCCGUCACAGAACUUAUCACAGCAUAUAACUACAACUCAUAUCAUUUCA